AUGAUUCUCAAUAGAUCAACUCGAGCACUGUUCUCUGGCUGCACAUCACGCCCACUGUCCACAGCAGUAGCAUCAGCAUCUGCAUCGGUAUUACGGCCACUGACAAUGGCCCAGCGCAGAUUCGCACCCUUGGACGCCGAUGGAGGAGAUGUACCCGCAUUGAAGGGAAUCGUAUUCGAUGUCGAUGGAACACUAUGCCUGCCACAACAUUACAUGUUCCAAGAGAUGCGAGAUGCCCUCGGAAUAGAGAAAGGGGUCGAUAUAAUCCACCAUAUCCGAGGCCUGCCCACCUUCACUGCCAGGACAGACGCCAUCGCGAUUGUUCGUGACAUUGAGCGCAAGGCAAUGGUAAAACAAGUUCCUCAGCCAGGACUUGUCGAGCUUAUGGACUAUCUCAAUUCUAAGGGUGUCAAACGGGCGCUGUGUACACGCAACUUUGAUGGCCCGGUAAACCAUCUUAUCAAGUCUCACCUGGCUACUCAUGUAUUUGCACCAAUUAUAACUCGGGAUACACCGAAUAUCAUGCCUAAGCCCGACCCGGCUGGGAUACUGCACAUUGCACGAGCAUGGGAGCUAGAGGAUGCUAGUGGUUUGAUCAUGGUUGGUGAUAGCUUGGAUGAUAUGACAGCUGGACAUAAAGCCGGAGCCGCCACUGUGCUUCUCUUGAAUGAGCGGAACCGAGACCUCAAGGACCAUGAACAUACCGACCUUUGUAUUGAACGUCUGGAUGAAUUGAUCAACGUGCUUGAGACCGGGUUCUGCGGAACCAGAGAACGGCCUUGA